AUGAGCACCCUCCUCGACAUGGUCUCCGACUUUGCCGGAUUCCAAUACACGCCAAAAUUCAAGUCCACAACUUGUCCACCAACACCGACGUCUUCUGGAGCGACGACGCCGGUGAGAAAGAUGUCGGAGCCCGCCGCUGGAGUACAACCGAGACGACACUCGGUUAUUAUUACGGUUGGAGUGAACAAAUCCUCCGACUUCCCAGAGCUUCAACGCACGCGGAUUGUGGAAUAA